UAUGUUUUCUUGUGUCAUUAUGUUCAUAUGUCCAAGUGAUGUAGGUGUUAAAGAAAUGGUAAUUUUCUCAUUUUCUUGUGUUAUGUUGAUGUUGGUAUUUGAAAAAUGGUUCCAUUCUUAUAUUCUUAUGUUCAGGUACUCGAGAGAUGAUGUCAUAGAGGGAGUGGUUUACGCUGGUUUAGACAGACACAAUGCUGAGGUGGCUGCUUUUCACCUCGGCCGCCUGCUUGCUUUGCCCACUGUGCCACUCACUGUAGGUCGCCGUGUGUCUCUCAGAGAGCACAUCCUUCCUGUGGCUUCCAGAGAACUUGCUACCACCUUCUUCAAAAUGGAAGGAGGAGAAAUUUGCUUUUAUGGAGUAUGUCAAUACUGCAAUAAGAACAAUUCUGUGUGUGAUAAUGGUGCACUACUGGAGAGUGCAGUAAUGCUGUGGUUGCCUCCCCACCUCCCUCUCAUGCAACUGCAUAACCCUUGGAAACGCACAUACAGACCCACUAAGCUUGCUCCGUAA